GGAGAGUGAGGGUGGAAGGAGGUUGGAGCCUUGAAGGGGAACAGAUUGGUAGACCAAAUCCUCAAACGUAAAAAAAGUAGUGAGUGAUCAUGAGGUGCCUGUUUCCAGCCACACUUGUUCUCCAGUUUCUCGGGAGUUGCUUCUGCCAAUUCCCUCGUCCCUGUGCCAACACGGAGGGCCUACGUACCAAAGAGUGUUGCCCAGUGUGGGACGGAGACGGCUCGGCGUGCGGUGCCCUAUCAGGUCGCGGUUUCUGCACAGAGGUGGACGUGUCAAACGAGCCGGACGGCCCGCAGUACCCUCACAGCGGCAUUGACGACCGGGAGCGCUGGCCUUUGGCUUUCUACAAUCGAACCUGUCGCUGUGCUGGAAACUACGGCGGUUUUAACUGUGGAGAGUGCAAGUUUGGCUACUGGGGAGCAAACUGUGCAGAGUACAGGGAAUCAGUUAGGCGAAGCAUCCUGACCCUGUCUGCUGCUGAGCAACAAAAGUUCAUCUCCUACCUUAACCUGGCCAAGAACACCAUCAGUCCUGACUAUGUCAUCUCCACGGCAACCAGAGCAGAGAUGGGCGAAAAUGGUGAGAAUCCUAUGUUCUCUGACAUCAACACCUACGAUCUGUUUGUUUGGAUGCACUACUACGUGUCACGGGAUGCCUUCCUGGGAGGACCGGGGAACGUGUGGACCGACAUCGACUUCGCUCACGAAUCUGCCGCCUUUCUACCCUGGCAUCGAGUCUACCUGCUUCACUGGGAGAAUGAGAUAAGGAAGUUAACAGGAGAUUUUAACUUCACCAUCCCGUACUGGGACUGGAGGGACGCUGAAGCCUGCGAAGUGUGCACAGAUAGUUUGAUGGGGGGACGCAGCCCCUUCAACCCCAACCUUAUCAGCCCUGCGUCAGUCUUCUCGUCAUGGAAGGUGAUCUGCACCCAGCCAGAGGAAUACAACAGUCGUGAGGCAUUGUGCAACGGAACAGGGGAAGGACCACUGUUGCGUAACCCCGGCAACCACGAUAGGAACCGUGUGCAGCGGCUCCCGACAUCAGCUGAUGUCGAGUUCACUGUGGGUCUCCGUGAGUACGAGACGGGUUCCAUGGACCGAUUCGCCAACAUGAGUUUCAGGAACGUUCUUGAGGGUUUUGCCAGUCCAGCCACAGGCAUGGCCGUUCAAGGCCAAAGCACCAUGCACAACGCCUUGCAUGUCUUUAUGAACGGCUCCAUGUCCUCCGUGCAAGGUUCUGCCAAUGACCCUAUAUUCCUCCUGCAUCACGCAUUCAUAGACAGUAUCUUUGAACGCUGGCUCCGAACCCACCAGCCUACACGGACCUUCUAUCCAUUUGCCAACGCUCCCAUUGGACACAACGAUGGUUACUAUAUGGUGCCAUUCCUGCCUCUUUAUAGAAAUGGAGACAAUUUCCUCUCCAUAAAGACAAUGGGAUAUGAAUAUGCCUAUCUGUUAGAUCCAGGCCAAAGAUUUGUUGAAGAAAUCCUGACACCUUACCUCCAACAGGCCCAGGAGAUCUGGCAGUGGUUGUUGGGAGCCGCUAUCCUCGGGGGGUUGAUCACGGCAGUCACUGCGGUCGUGGUGGUCAUAGCCAGAAGGAAGUGGAGACGAAACCAGAGGAAGAAGAGAGCUUCCAUUUUUGGAGAACGACAGCCCCUUCUCCAGAGCAGCUCAGAGGAAGGUUCAGCUUCCUAUCAAACUACUCUGUAACACACACAAACAUGCUCAGUAGUUUAAGAAAUAAUGAUGGUUCAUUUUGCAUUUCAUAUGAACAAAAUAGUAUUUGGUGAAUGAGUCAGUGCACCUGAAUCAUACGUUUCUCCUUAUAGAACGAAAAAAUAUACCAUAAUUUUCGUACUAUAAGGCACACCUGACUAAAAGCUGCCACCCACCAAAUUUGACACGAAAACGGCAUUUGUUCAUAGAUAACCCACACUGGACUAUAAGCCAUAACUGUCUUUACUGUAUUAUGGCAUAUUUUCCCCCCAAAUAUAUCAACCGGAAACACUUUAUUUGACAGCGGCAUCAUAAGACUGUCAUAAGACCAAAUGAAACACCAUGCUUCAAGAAGCUUCAUUUGGCCAUCACUGUUCCCUUGAGGGAGACAGUCAAUCUCUGCAGACACCUGCUGUCAACAGUGUUAUCGACAAACAUGCCUCCCACCAUUCGUUGCAGCACUACAGAUGUAAAUAACAAUCAAAAUUCAUGUUCUGUGCUAAUUAUUUCUUCAGUUAUUGUUCCAGUUGUUUCAUUAAUUGCGAGUUGUGGUAUUUGGUAAGACUUAAUAUUUGACAGUGACGCCAUAAUACUAUCUUAUGACAAUCGUAAUUAUGACAUGACACUGUCAUGAGCAUUAAUGAAUGCCUAUAACAGAAGCCUUUUAGUGUCUUUUUCUCUCAAUUUUGAAUGGAUGUAAAAGGUCUGAGCUGGACAUAAAUGGACUUCGUGACAUAAUUUGCCGGAUGACACUGAAUGUCAUCUGUCAUAAGCAUUCAGUAAUGUCAAUAAUAGUGUUUUAUGAGGGUCUUACGAAAGUUUUAUGAUGUGGUACCUAUUAAGCCAAACAAAUAAAAAAAUAUGCCGCACCGGACUAUCAGCCCUCAAAAUGAGGGGAAAAAGUAACAGCGUAUAGUUCAAAAAUUAUAUAUAACCCUAACCCUGUAUAUAUACUGUAUAUACAGUGGGGCAAAUACAGUGCCUUGCAAAAGUAUUCG